UUAACUGAUGUUUUACAAUAUCAUAUAACGAAAUCUGAGUUGAAAAUGAUUACCUUGUGAAAACACUUAACAAAUAAAUGUAUGUAAAUGACUUUAAGUCGUUAAUACUAAAAUCAUGGGCGCAUUAUAAACCAAGUGUUGGAGUUCUCAACAUAAACAUUUCUAAAGUUUGGAUAUAUUUAAAACCAUUUGAAAAUGUCUGUUAUAUUUUCAACACAAGAUAAAUAUGUGAAUAUGGAUAGAGAUGCGUUCUCAGAAGAAGUAAUCACACCGGCGCCAUCGUCAUCGUCUGCUUCUUCUCCUCUUCCUCCUCCUUCAGCAACAGUAAAGAAGUCGACAAUGUACAUAAUAGUAGCGUUAAGUGUUGUUGUGACGUCAAUGAUGUUUGCCGUCACUGUGACAAUUGUGUAUCACAUAGCUAAAGAAGGCACUACGUCAUCAAAUGGGGGAAACGCUGCCAAGUCACGAGGAGGAACUGAUAAUGUGUCCUCUGGGAGCCAGGAACAUAUCCAAACUACCACACAGAGUCCAGAUAAAGGGACUAGCCACACUAAACGCUCUGUUACAUAUUUUACGAGAUAGGGAAGAUUUAAUUGUACAACCACAUCGGACUUGUUAUACGUCGGAUAUACCGCUGGAAGUCGUUACAACCAAAUUGGAGGAACUUCAAACAUCCUUUGUUUGCCGAAAGAACCACAGUUUAAAGCCUCCUUUCCCGGCAGGUCCGGUUCGUACUUGUACGGUUCUGAAUACAAUGCUAGAGGUACAAAUCUAGCAGCAGUAUUUGGAAAAGAUUUAAACGAACACGAUAUUCCAUGUGCCGUCUGCGAAGUUACCGGAAGUUCCGCCAUGAUGAUGAUUCCGGCACGCACUGAAUGCUACAGUGACUGGGAUAAACAAUAUUCGGGUUACCUUAUGACAAGUAAUUCUGCUCACAAUAAAUCGAUGGAUAUUGUUUGCGUGGACGCAAACCCAGAGUCCAUUUCUAAGUCAGAGGCGAACAAUAAUGGCGCCCUUUUUUAUUUUGUAGAAGCAAGCGGUCAACUUCCGUCGCCUCCAUACUCGAGAGAUACUGAAAUAACUUGUGUCGUUUGUACAAAAUGAUCAGUUUUGAUUUUUUUUCCUAAUAAUUACACGUUUAAGUGUUUGACUUGUAAUUAUAAGAGUAAAAUACUGUAUAUCAACAGUUCAAAGAUAUUGACACAGUCAUAGCAUUGUUGUUAUUGCGAUAUCAUUUACCUUUACGUUAUGAAACAGGCUACAAAAUUGAACAAGCCACCACUGAUGGCGUUUCGUUCAUGUUCUAUAUUGAUAUAUAUUGAAACAGACUUUAGUUACUGAUAAGCUCCGCCUCCAUAGCAUGCUACAUGUAACAUCACUUGUGUAUUAAAUCUUGGAAUAUUAAGACGUACUCUUGUUGUCUCUUCUAGUUCAAAUUAUACAAUAGUAUAUUUUACUGGACAUCUCAUUUGAGAUAUAAUAUUCUUGGUAAUAUACUUGUCA